UGGUCAAAUCGAAUGUUUCCCAAUCUGUCAAAUUAUGUAAACAUUGUUUUAUCACGAAAAAUAAUCGUUGUUAUUUAGCGUAUUUUUAAUCUUUGCGAAAUGAAUAUACAAAAAAUCGCUCCUACCGUCUGUACGAUCCUCAAUAAGACAAAAUUGAAUAUUGAAGUCGCAGCUCUUGGUUCGACGUAUUGUAUAAAUCAACGAAGCAUAAGUUUAUGCGGAUGUCUGCAGCGAUCACACUACGAUUCCCUAGGAAUUACUUCAGCCGCAACCCAGAAUGAUAUCAAGCAAGCCUAUUACAAUCUAUCAAAACUUUACCAUCCCGACAUAAAUAAAGACAGCACUUCAGCGGCGGAAAAAUUCAGAGCUAUAACUGAAGCGUACGAAAUCCUCGGAAAUUAUCGCUUAAGGAAAUUGUACGACAAAGGAAUUCUUCAUACCGCCGGUCGACAGUACGCACAGCAAGAACCGGUCGCGAAGCCACCAGAGGAAGAUGAUCCCCAAACGAGAUUCUAUAAGAAACGAAUGACUCGAACGCAUGUACCCACGGCUUCGGGACGCACUCCCAUUUAUGAUUUCGACGAGUGGUCUCGCGCUCACUACGGCCAGAGCUUCGAACGGAAGAAAGCUGCCGAACAGAAGGCAAGAAACAAAGCACAGAAAGAGGAAAUUAUUAACUCGGCAACCCUUCAUGUGUAUGUUGUCUUUGCGACAGUGUCUCUUGUGGUUUUGUACGGUUUCGUUACCAUUCAAGAACAAUCGUAUGAUACUCCCAGAGCACCUGUGAAGAAUUCAGAUUGAGCAACAUGUAAACUGGUUUUGUGCAGCUGUGAAACUAGCGAAUUAUGUAUAUAUAGUUAGUGUCUGUGUAGCGAAUUGCUUCGAAAAUAUAUGCCCGUUGUAAAUAGUGUAAAACGAAAAAAAUAUUGCUACGGUUAUAUCUGUCUAAAACUUUGCAUACAGUAAAGCUUACUUAUCUCCAAAUUAGCAACGAAUAAUUGAAAUGAAUACAAAUUUCAAUGACCAAAGCGAUCCUAUACUUUUGAGA